UUUGAUACUUUAUCCUUGAGUGAUCUGCGAUACACUGCAAGCAGCCAAAUUAUUUCUUUUUGCUUGUCCCGUCCGAUCGCCUGACCUUGCCAGUGAAGCUUAAAUUAACAAUCCUAGACUUCUAGACCAUCUGUUACAAUGGAGGCUCAGGGGCGCAGUCCGGACCUCCGUCGUACCGGACCAGCCGAUUCAUCAUCAUCACAGUCACCACCUCCAGUUCUUACCAAGGAAACAGGCCAAGAAAGUCCUACGACUACGCGCAAGUCGCAGGGGAAGACCCGAUAUCCGUUACUAGAGGCGGAUCCGGAUACGGCCGCCAAGCUGAAGCGUUUCGCGCAGCGGCAGUUCAUAGCAGGCCUCGACAACUCACGCUUGGAGUGGCCGGUGAAAGAGGCAAUUCCGGAGAUCAGUCCAGGCCAACUUCAUAAGGAGGCAGUCGAGCGGGCCCGCAACUGGUACUCGAUCUGGAAGAGCCACAGUCUGAUACAUGCACCCAAAUGCUAUGAACGCUGGGUUCUGUCCCAGCCAGAGCACGAGCGAGAGAGACUCGCACAGUGUGCAGAUUUCAAGGAGCUACGUUGUGUCCUGAAUGCCGCAUACGAUUCGUCUCGUUCUAAGACUGCUCUGCACUGGGGCAAGAAUUCCUCAAGUCUGAUGGUCCGCGCUCACUUAACUGCUCUCCGACAAAAGUCCACAAGUCCUUCCCCGGAGUUAGCCAAGUUCGACCGGCAGUACUUACUCGCGUCGUUUGACGGUCUCUACACACACGAGAAAUGGAGAAACUUGACUGUGGAGGACUUCCCAUUCCGCUCUGUGCCAGCCUUGCGAAAGCGGGCAUGCCCGAAGCGAGUUGAUAUGAAUGCUGAUAGUGAUGGCGAUAUUGGAACCGAGGGUGAACAUCCUAGGACGAAGGCAUCGACACACAGUUCUCCGGAUUAG